AUGCUGAGACCAAUCAAAGUUUCUUUAGAUCUAAAGAUAACACAAGCAAUAGUAGUAGCAACAGCACAAGUCAUCAUCACCAAAACCACACAAGAGCCUCAAUACUAUCAACCAACAAGAAUAACACUAAUUACUCAUCACCGGACCUCCUUCAACUCCCACCACAUCUACAACCACACACCAACCUCAAUAUCAACCAAACCCUCAUGGCUGGCUAACGCAGUUCAUCUAGCCGAACUCACUAGAGUCUUUCGUGGCUCCACAAGCAGCACCAUGGAUGCGGCUCAUCAGCAGCUGAUGAGCUACAACCACAUGCCUGUCUCAGGGCUCAAUCUCAACCUUGGUGGUGCAUUGGUCCAUCCGCCUCCUCCUCCUCCUACGGUGUCGCUUGAGGAUGCAUGUUGGAAAUGUGGAAAUGGCGAAAUGCAUGGACUUGGAUGGAUACUGGCCAUCUUACUGAUUAGGAGUUAUCGCUUUUGA